AUGACUGAAAAUAAUAAACGAUUACAAUAUGAAGAAUUAUCUUUAUUAAUCUCCAUGUUUAACGAUAACGAAUUUAAGUGGGUUGGUGGUCCAGAUCAAUUGGAACAUUGGAAGUCAGCACUGGACAAGUUUAUGUUAACUCAUGAUGUUUCUGGCUUAGAAGUUUCUCCCUUUCGAUUUCGAAUUUUUCUGGAUAUGGGUGAAAAUUGGUUCAACGUGUUUCUACCCUGCCGAUAUCCAGAGGCUAGACCAGAAUGUUAUUUUUCAUCUGACACUGCUACUAAACAAAUGUGGACUGAGAUAAAUCAGGAAAUUGAAAAGAAACUGAAUGAAAGAUGUGAUAAUGGUUGGUAUCGACCUUCGCAUAUAAAAUCAUUUUUGCAGCAACCGGUUAUUAUUGAAACAUCAACAUCUGAGCUUUCUCAAUUUAAUGAAAAAAGUGACUAUUCGUUUAAAAUUUGUCGAAUUUUGAUAUGGACACAUCAUUUAUUGUCUCUUGAAAAAAGGAAAUGUGUAUGUCGAUGGGCUAAUGAAUUAGGAAUAUGGGGACUUUCAAAACCUGGAUACCCUGGAAUAAUUAUUGUGGAAGGGUUAUAUGAUAAUGUUCAAGAUUACAUCUCUAGAUUAAAGAAUUUAAAAUGGCAAGCGAUUACCAUCCGCUCAGAAGAGUCUGAAGUAUAUAAUUCACCAUUACACAAUCAUGGUGAAUUUGUAAAAAUAAGGCUGGGACGUAUUAACCCUGGGGUUUCUGAAUUUGAAAGUAUGUCUGAAAUUUCUUCAAAGUGCAAUGAAAGAGGCAGGAUUGGAAGAAAUGUUUUUGUCAGCCAUGAAGAUUAA